GGUUUUGGAGCGGAUGUUGGAAGAUGUUAGCUGUGGAUACUGGAGUCGUGGAGGAGUGGUUAUCAGAAUUCAAGACACUGCCAGAAGCUUCCAUAUCCAGCUAUGCUGCAAACUUGAAAGACAAGACUGCUUUGAUUUCAUCUCUUUACAAAGUAAUUCAGGACCCACAAAGUGAACUGCUGGAGCCAGUUUGCCAUCAGCUCUUUGAGUUCUACCGCAGCGGUGAGGAACAAUUGCUACGAUUUACACUGCAGUUUCUACCUGAAUUGAUGUGGUGUUAUCUUUCCGUCUCAGCCAGCAGAGAUUUGCAGAGUAGUGGAUGCAUAGAGGCUCUCCUCCUAGGAGUCUAUAACUUGGAGAUAGUUGACAAAGAGGGACACAGCAAAGUGCUGAGUUUCACAAUUCCGUCUUUGUCCAAACCUUCAGUCUACCAUGAACCUUCCAGCAUUGGCUCCAUGGCUCUCACUGAAGGAGCUUUAUCGCAGCAUGGGUUGUCCAGGGUUGUGUACAGUGGACCUCAUCCUCAGAGGGAGAUGUUAACAGCACAGAACAGGUUUGAAGUGCUGACUUUCCUUCUGCUCUGUUACAACGCUGCCCUAAGCUACAUGCCUGCAGUCUCUCUUCAGUCGUUGUGUCAGAUUUGUUCAAGAAUUUGUGUCUGUGGAUAUCCUCGCCAGCAAGUGAGAAAGUACAAAGGAGUCAACAGUAGGAUUCCAGUUUCAUCGGAAUUCAUGGUGCAAAUGCUAACAGGGAUUUAUUAUGCCUUUUAUAAUGGAGAGUGGGAUCUGGCUCGUAAAGCUAUGGAUGACGUUUUGUAUAGAGCACAGCUGGAACUGUACCCAGAACCUCUGCUGGUUGCUAAUGCAAUAAAAGCUUCACUGCCUCAGGGUGCCAUGAAAUCUAGUAAAGAAGGUACAAGGUGCAUUCAGGUUGAAAUUACACCUACUUCAUCCAGAAUAUCAAGGAAUGCUGUGACUAGCAUGUCUAUCCGAGGGCACAGAUGGAAAAGGCAUGGUAAUACUGAUUUAGCAAUUCAAGAAGAACUGAUAGAAGUAUCUGAAACUGAUGAAGGGUUUUACUCUAGGGCUACGUCCAGUACAAGUCAGUCUGCCCUAUCUAACAGCAGCAACACGAGCAGUAAGAACUUCUUAGGCAAAAGCCAACGAAGGUCUGGAGGAAGCAAAGCCGGAGGAAAAGAAAAAGAAGGAGAAACCUGCAGAGAACACUUGUCACGAAAACAAACUCAGAGAGCCAUGAGUGAGAAUCUAGAGCUUGUCUCUCUGAAGAGACUGACACUGACCAGCAGCCAGUCCCUGCCUAAGCCUGGCAGCCAUAGCUUGGCCAGAACGACCACUACUGUGUUUAGUAAAUCCUUUGAGCAUGUCGGUGGUGUCACAGUUCCAAAUAAUCGUGGUGGUGUAUCUGGUACAGAGGCAAACAGGUUUUCAGCCUGCAGUCUUCAGGAGGACAAAUUGAUAUAUGGAACAGAAAGAACAGAUCUUCCAAUUUUAAGCAAACAACCUAAUCAGCAGCGACCUCCUAGUAUUAGCAUAACUUUGUCAACAGACUGAUAGUAAAUUGGCAAGUAUGAAAACUAAAGUAUUGAGGGUGUAUGCUGAUACUGGUACAUUAAGGUCCUUAGUAUGCUAUACAUCAGUUAAAUCUAAAGCCUGCAAAUUCUCCUUUGGCUCACAUU